AUGGAGCGUUAUAAUGAAAUGGGGGAAGGUUCAAAUCCAGUGAAACAUCAGAAAGUCUACCCAAUAAAAAAGCCUUGGGAAUGCAAUGCAUGUGAGAAGUCCUUCAGUUACUACUCAGCCUUUAUCCUACAUAGGCGAAUUCACACUGGGGAGAAACCCUAUGUAUGUAAUGUAUGUGGAAAGGCUUUUAGUCGGAGCUCAUCACUUAUUCAACAUCAGAGAAUUCAUACUGGAGAGAAGCCUUAUGAGUGUAAUGAGUGUGGGAAAGCUUUCAGUCAUCGUUCAGCCCUUAUUCAACAUCAUAUCAUUCAUACUGGAGAAAAGCCCUACGAAUGCAAUGAAUGUGGGAAGGCCUUCAACCAAAGCACAUACCUCAUUCAACAUCACAGAAUACACACUGGAGAGAAGCCCUAUAAAUGCAAGGAAUGUGGGAAAGCUUUCAACGACACCUCAUCCCUCAUUAAACACCAGAGGGUUCAUACUGGAGAAAAGCCCUAUGGGUGUACCGAGUGUGGGAAAGCAUUUAGUGACAGGUCAGGCCUUACUCAACAUCAGAGAACUCACACAGGGGAAAAACCGUAUGAAUGUAGUGAAUGUGGGAAAGCUUUCAGUUACUGUUCAGCUCUUAUUCAACAUCAAGGAACCCAUACUGGAGAGAAACCUUACAAAUGUAAUGAAUGUGGGAAAGCCUUCAGUGACCGCUCAGCUCUUGUAAGACAUCAGAGAAUUCACACUGGAGAAAGGCCUUACAAAUGUAAAGAAUGUGACAAAGCCUUCAGCCAGAGCUCAUCCCUUACAAAGCAUCUAAGAACUCAUACUGGAGAAAAACCAUAUAAAUGCAAUGCUUGUGACAAAGCCUUUAGCCAGAGUUCAUCUCUUAUUCAACACCAGAAAAUUCAUACAGGAGAAAAAACCUACAAAUGUAAGAAAUGUGAGAAAACCUUCAGUUUCCAUUCAGCUUUUCACCAACACAAAGAAAUUCAUCAGAAAGUCUACCCAAUAAAAAAGCCUUGGGAAUGCAAUGCAUGUGAGAAGUCCUUCAGUUACUACUCAGCCUUUAUCCUACAUAGGCGAAUUCACACUGGGGAGAAACCCUAUGUAUGUAAUGUAUGUGGAAAGGCUUUUAGUCGGAGCUCAUCACUUAUUCAACAUCAGAGAAUUCAUACUGGAGAGAAGCCUUAUGAGUGUAAUGAGUGUGGGAAAGCUUUCAGUCAUCGUUCAGCCCUUAUUCAACAUCAUAUCAUUCAUACUGGAGAAAAGCCCUACGAAUGCAAUGAAUGUGGGAAGGCCUUCAACCAAAGCACAUACCUCAUUCAACAUCACAGAAUACACACUGGAGAGAAGCCCUAUAAAUGCAAGGAAUGUGGGAAAGCUUUCAACGACACCUCAUCCCUCAUUAAACACCAGAGGGUUCAUACUGGAGAAAAGCCCUAUGGGUGUACCGAGUGUGGGAAAGCAUUUAGUGACAGGUCAGGCCUUACUCAACAUCAGAGAACUCACACAGGGGAAAAACCGUAUGAAUGUAGUGAAUGUGGGAAAGCUUUCAGUUACUGUUCAGCUCUUAUUCAACAUCAAGGAACCCAUACUGGAGAGAAACCUUACAAAUGUAAUGAAUGUGGGAAAGCCUUCAGUGACCGCUCAGCUCUUGUAAGACAUCAGAGAAUUCACACUGGAGAAAGGCCUUACAAAUGUAAAGAAUGUGACAAAGCCUUCAGCCAGAGCUCAUCCCUUACAAAGCAUCUAAGAACUCAUACUGGAGAAAAACCAUAUAAAUGCAAUGCUUGUGACAAAGCCUUUAGCCAGAGUUCAUCUCUUAUUCAACACCAGAAAAUUCAUACAGGAGAAAAAACCUACAAAUGUAAGAAAUGUGAGAAAACCUUCAGUUUCCAUUCAGCUUUUCACCAACACAAAGAAAUUCAUGAUGAAUAGGAUGCAGUAAAUCCAGGAAAUGAUUAGUUAUUCUCCCCUGACUGUAUAGAUCUG